AUGAAUCCACCAGACACCUUUUAUUAUGGUGCUGGAGAGCAAAGACGAAAGAUUGUGUUGCUCAAAGAUCGUCUUGCUAUCGCUCUAGAAGGCGACGAUGUGAUGUUGGAUUACAUCCCCCUACAUGAGAUCGAGGUUGUGCAAAACGGUCAUCAUGACAUCCAAGCGCUUUUCAACGAGAUCGAUACCGACGGGAAUGGAUGUCUGUCGUUGCAAGAGGUGGAGGAUUCUUCACGCUGCCUCUUUCUUGACCUAUGGCCAUUCCCGAAGUUGAACCUAGCGAUGUCGAGGUUUGGGAUCAGUUCCAGGAGGAUCGCAGCCAUUUACGAGGAAGCUGACAUGAACAAGGACGGAAGCAUUCAGUUCGAAGAGUUUCAGAGAUCGAUUCUGCCAGCAAUCCUGAUGGAGAGCAAGGCACUUGUUUAUACCUUAUGUGGUGGAAGGGAAGUGAAGCAUACUACAGGAAGAACAUAUUCAUUUCGAAUCUUCAGUCUUGAUAAGUUGUCGGAGGAUUACAAGAUCAAGUUUGUCGAGGAGUGGAUCUCAACCAUGGAGCAUCAGAUUACUGUUGCAACCAAAACGUGGAAGAGAAACAACUUCUGGACGACUCUAAGGAAAAACCUAUCAAGAGUCUACGAUUCAAACAUAACACAAACAUUCUUCGCUCUUCUCAUUGCAUUGAACUUCUGUGCUACAGCAGCAGAGCUGCAGGUGACGCCGGAGGAGGGAUCGAGUACAUCGCACAUGUUUGAGAUGCUCGACGUGGGUUUCACGCUCGUGUUUGCGUUCGAGCUGCUGGUCAAUAUUUGGAACGUGUUCGACUUUAUUGUAGUCUCAGUCACCAUCGUCUCGCUCGGACCAGUGAGUUUGCCCUUCAUCAAGACUCUUCGAUUGCUCCGAGCGUUUCGAGUGAUGAGGAUCUUUGCGAGGCUGAAAUCUUUAAGGAUGUUGAUCAAUGCUCUCACGGCCUCCAUCUUGCCUGUUCUCAACGCGAUGCUGAUCGUCUUUCUCGUCAUGGCCAUCUAUGCGGUGCUGGGAGUGAGCUUCUUCCGCAAGCGAGACGAGAAUCACUUCAAAACCUUCGCCCAGGGAAUCUUCACCAUGUUUCAAGUGUCAACGUUCGAUGACUGGGCAAGCAUCUCCCGCGAUCUCUUCAACGCGGAUGGCUCGAUGACUCCAGGAUCGGCUCUGUUCUUCGUCUCCUUCCUCAUCAUCGUCUCCUUUACCCUUCUCCCCGUCGUCAUCGCCGUCCUCCUAGACAACUUCACCACGGCGACAAGGAGGGAGAAGGACAAGAACGAGCGGGAGAAGCUGGAGCGAGAAAGGGGGGAGGGGACAACAACAUCCAUCGACCCGCUCCUUCAGACCUUCAUCAACGUCAAGUCCGAUGAGGAGAUGAAGAAACGCUGCUCCGACCUCUUCGACCGCCUCGACGUCGACCGAUCCGGCGCGCUGAGCUGGCAGGAGCUCUAUGAGGGGCUUAAGAAGAUGGAGUUCAAGCCCAGGAUCAAUUUCUCCCAGGACGAGUACAACGCCAUCACCCUCCAGCACUCUCUGUGCGAUGCUGAUGGCGAGCUGGACAAAGACGCGUUCGAGAGGACUUUGCGGAUCCAGAUGUUGAGCUUCGCCGAGAGAAACCUGGCCAACUCUCUCCCAGCUGUCAUGAGGGACGACCAGCACUUCGGCUUCGUCAUGUUCGCGCUGAAGCUCGCGGUGGGAGACAUCACGAAGAGAACGCUUGGGGUUGACGUCAGCAAGAGGACGAGGGAAGAGGAGCAGCAGCAAAGCUCGAGCAUAUCGCACGUGGAAGACUCAAAGACGUCAAGGGGAGGAGAUGAAUCCAAGCUAUAUGAUCCUGAUCCUGAUCCUGAUCCUGAUCCUGAUCCUGAUCCUGAUCCUGAUCCUGAUCCUGAUCCUGAUCAUGAAGAGGAUGGUUACAUAUUGGAAGCGCUUGAAAACAAGAUCGACAAUCUGUCGUCGAAACAUACAAAGGAGGAAGCAAAGAAGACGAGGAGAACCAUGCCGAGAGAAGUUGACACCGAGAGACGAAAACUCAACAAGCCGGAAGGACGACGUUCGAGCACCAACGGUUUUCACAAUCUCUUCCAAAUUCACCCUGCAGCACAGAAUGAGCAAAUUGCCAUCAACAUCCCUUCAAUCAUCAUCAUCGGCUCUUAA